UCCAAAUUCCAAAGUCAGGUCUCCACUACAACAUUGUUCCUUCAAUUCCAGUUCCAUUCCCCAUUACCAUCAACACCUUUUCAGUAGUAUACUUGUUAUUACACUCUCAUUAAUUAGCUACAUAUAUAAUUUAUAUCCAUAACCAUGCCUGAGGCUCAUAGCCACUACCUUUGCAACAAGCCAAAUGGCAAACAUGAUGGUGCUACUAAUACUAGUAGCAUCAUCGAGCACAACAACAAGAAAGCUCUGAAAUACAUUGAGGAUGUUACUAGCAACGCUGAUGAAAUUCAGAAAAGGGUCCUUGCUGAGAUCCUUUCUUCUAGUGCACAUGCUGAGUACCUUCAACGCCAUGCCUUGGAUGGACGCACAGACAGAGAAACUUUCAAGAAGAUCAUGCCUGUGGUGACAUACGAGGAUUUAAAGCCAGAUAUUGAUCGCAUUGCUAAUGGUGAUACCUCCCCAAUUUUAUGUUCCAAACCUAUUUCUGAGUUCCUCACUAGCUCUGGAACAUCUGGUGGGGAGAGAAAACUGAUGCCAACCAUAGAAGAGGAGCUAGAGCGAAGAUCAUUACUCUACAGCCUCCUGAUGCCAGUGAUGGAGCAAUUCGUACCUGGUCUAGACAAAGGCAAAGGAAUGUACUUUCUGUUCAUAAAAUCAGAAGCCAAAACCCCUGGUGGACUCUUAGCUCGUCCAGUUUUAACAAGCUACUACAGGAGCUCACACUUCAAGAACAAAACACAUUGUUUUGACCCUUACACAAACUACACUAGCCCCAUUGAGACCAUUCUCUGCCUAGACUCUUACCAAAGCAUGUACUCUCAAAUGCUCUGUGGACUUUCACAAAACGAGCAUGUUCUCCGUGUUGGUGCUGUUUUCGCCUCAGGUUUCAUCCGUGCCCUUAAGUUCUUGGAAAAGCAUUGGGUGUGUUUGUGCCGUGACAUUAGAAAUGGCACCAUUGGCCCUGAAAUCACUGACUCAUCCGUUAGAGAAGCCAUCAUGAGGGUACUCAAACCAAACCCAAAACUUGCGGAUUUUAUAGAGGGUGAGUGCAAGAAGGGGUUGUGGAAAGGGAUAAUUACUAGGUUGUGGCCUAAUACCAAGUACGUUGAUGUUAUUGUGACUGGAACCAUGGCUCAGUAUAUUCCUAUGUUGGAUUACUAUAGCAAUGGUCUCCCUCUUGUUUGCACCAUGUAUGCUUCUUCUGAGUGUUAUUUUGGACUCAACUUGAACCCUUUGUGUGAUCCUAGUGAGGUGUCUUAUACCCUUGUUCCCACCAUGGCUUACUUUGAGUUCUUGCCCCUUAAUAAGACGAAGGAACAUGCGAAUUCAAUUUCUUACACCGAGCAGGAACUUUUGGUUGAUCUUGUGGAUGUGGAGCUGGGGCAAGAAUAUGAGCUUGUGGUCACCACUUAUGCAGGACUUUACAGGUACCGGGUCGGCGACAUCCUCCGUGUAGCAGGAUUCAAGAACAAUGCUCCUCAAUUCAAUUUCGUGUGCCGAAAGAACGUGGUUCUUAGCAUUGAUUCCGACAAGACCGAUGAGGUUGAGCUACAAAACGCUGUGAAAAAUGGAGCCAACCACCUUACACUAUUCGGUGCAUCACUCACAGAAUACACAAGCUUUGCUGAUACGUCCACUAUCCCUGGCCACUAUGUACUAUACUGGGAAAUCAGCAUGAACAAGAACAACAACAUUGAUCAAAAUCAAAACCCAAUUCCAAGUUCUGUUUUUGAGGAGUGUUGCUUUGCAGUUGAAGGGUCUCUCAACAGCGUGUAUCGACAAGGAAGAGUAUCAGAGUCCAUUGGGCCAUUGGAAAUCAAGAUUGUGGAGAAUGGAACUUUUGAUAAGCUUAUGGACUUUGCUCUUAGCCAGGGUGCGUCUAUAAAUCAGUACAAGACACCUCGUUGUGUGAAGUAUGCUCCCAUUGUUGAGCUUCUUGACUCGAAAACUGUUUCCAAUUACUUCAGUCCAAAAUGUCCACUGUGGGUUCCUGGUCACAAGAAGUGGUGCAUGUACCCUCUUGACAACAAAUAAUAAUAAUAACGUAUGAGUACUGCUAUAGUAUAGGCAAUGGAGAUAUUGCUUUUAUCUUUGAUUUGUUGUAUUAAGUCGUAGAAAAACCUUCAUGGUCGAUCGUCCAUUAAUGUUGUAGUGUCUCUUUUGAAGUUCUUAUUUAUCCAAUCUAGUGUAAGAUCUUUUUAA